UCCCCAGUCCCACCCAUUUCCACCUAUAAAACACACCCCACACCACCUCUGUUCCAAGCUCGCAACCCAACAAGCCAAGAAUCCACCACCACCACCACCGGCGCCGGCAAGCAAGGAGCCAGGUUUCGCUUCCGUCGCUCCGUGCAUAUCUCUCCGAUUCAGCGCCGGCAGGGAGACAGCGGCGCAGCCAAAGCCAUGGCGGUGGACCUCAUGUCCUGCGGCAGCGGCGGCGGCGGCGCGUACGAGCACCUCGCGUUCCAGGAGGCCGCCGCGGCGGGGCUCCGCAGCCUGGAGCUGCUGGCGUCCUCGCUCUCCCCGCGCGCCGCCGGGCGCGCCGAGUCCCCGCCGCUGGGCCAGAUCGCCGACCAGGCGGUCUCCCGCUUCCGCCGCGUCAUCAACCUGCUCGACCGCACGGGCCACGCCCGCUUCCGCCGCGCGCCGGCCGCGCCGCCCGCGACGCCCCCCGAGUCUCCUCGCCCGGCGCCCGUCUCGCAGCCCCCGGCGGCGGUUGCCCCGCGGACGACGAGCCUCACGCUGGACUUCACCAAGCCGGCGCCCCCUGCGCCGGCGGCGUCCGCGACGUCGACGUCCUUCCUGUCGUCCGUGACGGCGGGCGGCGAGGGCAGCGUGUCCAAGGGGUGCAGCCUGGCGGCCGUGUCCUCCGGCAAGCCCCCCCUGCCAAAGCGCAAGCACCCCGCCUCCGCCGCCGCCCCCGCCGCGCACCACCACCACGCCGAACCCGGCGCCGCGCGGUGCCACUGCUCGAAGAAGCCGAAGCGGAGCCGGCACGGGCUGUCCUGCCGCACGGUGCGCGUGCCCGCCGCCGCGGGGGCCCACGCGCCGUCGUCCUCCGACAUCCCCGGCGACGAGUACUCGUGGCGCAAGUACGGGCAGAAGCCCAUCAAGGGGUCCCCGUUCCCGCGCGGCUACUACCGGUGCAGCACCGCCAAGGGGUGCCCCGCGCGGAAGCACGUGGAGCGCGCCGCCGACGACCCCGCCACGCUCGUCGUCACCUACGAGGGCGACCACCGCCACGACGCCGCCGCCGGCGCCGCGCAGUGAAGGAUCACCGGACCGGAUCACCGUUAGUCCUAGCAGUAGCUCUAGCACGCUUGUUCGAUUUGUUCUUUGGGUUAGCGGUAGACGGUCGCGCUCGUGCUGUCUUCUUCUUUCUUUGUAAAGAAAACCAUCAAUCAAAUCAAAGAGAGCCUCUCCAACUGCAUCCCCAAUCGGGAGUUUUC